AAAAAACAACUAUUCUUCCCCUAAAUUCAAUGGAAGAAGCCAAAGACAACAAGGCCGAUAAACCUUCCGACCACCCGGAGAAAAAUCCGGCGGCGGCGGCGGACACUGCGUCCAAAGGCAAAGAACCCUACAACCCGGAGAAAAGACCCGCCGUAGAGGACCCUGCGCCCGGCGGCAAAGAAGAUAAACCUCGGCUGAAAAAAUCAAAACCGGAUAAACCCAACUCCGGCGGCAGCGACUCUCCCCUGCCAAAAGAGCCGCUCAAAAUCCCCAAACAAGAAUUUCGCGAUCCUUCUUUCUUCAAAAUAUGCUUACUUUGUGCAAGACAAAAACCAAAUUAUCGGAUCUUUAGGGUUCGCAAGUGCUGGCACGAAUUCUGCCACGAUUGCUUCGGCAAAAGCGUCGACGAGACUCUGAAUAAGGAUACCCACAUCUUUGUUUGCCCGGCGGAGAAUUGUAAAGAGGUGAUUGGGUAUCAGUCUUGCUGCAAUGUUUUGCCCGACGAUGUAAGCGAAAAGUGGGAUAAGAUGCUCUGUGAAGCCCUGCUUGAAGGCUACGAGAAAUUCUAUUGCCCUUUUGAAGGUUGUAAGGAGAUGAUGGUGAAGGAGACUAAUGAAGCUAUCAAGGAAGCUGAGUGCCCUUCUUGCUAUAGGCUGUUUUGUGCAAAAUGUGCUGUGCCUUGGCAUGCUUCCAUUAGCUGUGAAGAUUUUCAGAAACAAAAGGUCAAUCAAUAAACAAAUCUUGCUCUGGGAAAAACUGAGGUGAUGCGGAUGUGGUUCCACUUAUGCUUCUGGAGCUUCUAGGACUGCAUAUCAUGAUGAUUCUCUGCCCCGGCAAUGUUAUCUUAUAAAGACUUAGAAAUUUUGUUAUCAUGUUAGAACACUUCUUUUUUGUUGGACUAUUAGAUUAUUAUUAUUACUAAAGUAGAAUUACUUUUUUAACUGUUAAACAUCUUAUUCGAG